AUGUCGAAAUUACGAACAUUGGUAGUGACAGAUUCAUAUCAACAUUUAGAACUUAUUGAUCAAAUUUCAUCAAUUACAAAUUUAACAAUUCCAAAUUGUAAUUUGCAUUCGUUACAACGAAUAUUGAAAACUGUAACGAUGUUAAAAUAUCUUAACUAUUCAAAUCUUCUUCAGCAUCAAAUGUCUUCGAAUAAUUCGAUUCAAUUCGAAGAAGAUUAUCAAGGUAUUCAUUUAAAACAAUUAAUUAUAUUUGACUUUCAAGGUACAUUUUCAGAUUUGCAAAUGUUCAUAAAACAUAUACCAAAUUUAAAAAAAAUGAUUAUAUCUGCUGAUUAUGAAAGAAAGAUAAUAGAUGCUUAUCAUUGA